GAAUCCCUGGAGCAAUGGUUGCCUUCACUAUCCCUGCUAGAUAUCUACAAGGGGGUAUCAGAGAAAUGACAGUGAUCCUUCUUCUCCUGACCAGCCUUUGGGGUGUGGUUUGGGGCUCAGAUACCGCAACACCAGACACAGCUGAGAUCAGGCUGGUGAACGGUUCAAGUCGCUGCAGUGGGAGAGUGGAAGUGCUCCAUAAUGGAAACUGGGGCACCGUUUGUGAUGACAACUGGGGCAUGGAAGAAGCCAAAGUGGUGUGCCGGCAACUGGGAUGUUCGAUGGCGGUAUCAGCCCCACUAGGAGCACAUUUUGGGAGAGGAACCGGUAGCAUCUGGCUGGACGACACCGAAUGCAAAGGCACAGAAUCGGCUCUCAGUCAGUGCCCAGGAAGGCCUUUGGGAGACAAUGACUGCCAUCAUGGAGAAGAUGCUGGGGUUGUCUGCUCAGAGCUCCGGCUGGCUGGUAGUUCAACUCAGUGUGCUGGUCGUGUUGAAGUCCUCCAUAACCAACAGUGGGGAACCGUCUGUGGAAAUGGCUGGAGUUUAAAGGAUGCCCGUGUUGUAUGCCGGGAAAUGGGCUGUGGGAAAGCUCUAACAGCGCCAAUUGGAGCUAAGUUUGGACAAGGCUCUGGUCCCACUUGGAUGGAUGGAGUCAACUGCACAGGAGAUGAAGACAGCCUACGCAAAUGUCCAGCAAAGCCCUUGGCAGAAUACAGUUGUGAUCACAACAUGCACGCUGGUGUAGAGUGUGCAGAACCACCAGAAAUCAGGCUAGUGCAAGGUGAUCAUCAAUGUUCUGGAAGAGUUGAAAUAUUCCACGAAGACCUCUGGGGAGCCAUAUGUGAUGACAGUUGGGAUCUUGAAGAUGCAGAAGUUGUGUGUCAAUAUCUUGGGUGUGGCACUGCCUUCUCCGCUCCGCGAGGUUCCCGUUUUGGAGAGGGAUCUGGCCCCAUCUGGCUGGAUAGUAUCAAUUGCACAGGGAAGGAGAGUGCCAUCAGCAAAUGCCCUGCGAAAGAGUGGGGAACUCAUGACUGCACCCAUUCGGAAGAGGCUGGGGUUAUAUGUGCAGAUGUCCGUCUAAUGGGUGGCUCAAAUCGCUGUUCAGGGAGGGUUGAAGUCUACUACAAUGAGCAAUGGGGAACCAUUUGUGAUGAUAGCUGGGAUAUACAUGAUGUCCAAGUUGUGUGCCGAGAGCUAGCUUGUGGAAAUGCCUUAUCAGCAGUCAGGGGAGCCCGCUAUGGCCAAGGAUCUGGCACCAUCUGGCUGGACAGAGUGAACUGCACAGGAAAAGAAAAAUCUCUCAGAGAAUGUCCAAAAAGUCCCUGGGGAGAGCACAGCUGUGAUCACAGACGGGAUGCAAGUGUGGAGUGCUCAGAUCCAGAUGAGAUCAGAUUGGUGAACGGUUCGAGCCGGUGCUCCGGGAGAGUUGAGGUACUCCACAACCAGCAAUGGGGAUCUGUGUGUGACGAUGACUGGAGUGUCCAAAAUGCCCAAGUUGUCUGCAGUGAACUUAACUGUGGAGUAGCCCUGUCAGCCCCGCGUGGUGCUCAUUUUGGAGAGGGAUCUGAUCACAUCUGGCUGGAUGAUGUCAAAUGUAAAGGGACAGAAGCUGCCCUCAGGGACUGCCGCCUAAAGCCUUGGGGAGAACACAACUGCAACCAUGGAGAAGAUGCUGGUGUGGUGUGCUCAGAACUCAAAUUAGUGAAUGGCUCAGGUCACUGCUCGGGGAGAGUCGAGAUAUUCUAUGACCACCAAUGGGGGACCAUCUGCGAUGACCGCUGGGGCAUGAAGCAAGCUGAAGUCAUUUGCAGGGAACUGAGCUGUGGCAUCGCAUUGAAAGCACCUACAAAUGCUUUUUUUGGACGAGGAUCAGGACCCAUCUGGAAGGAUGAUGUCAACUGUGUUGGAACAGAAGCUUCUUUCAGCGAAUGCACAUCGAGCAACUGGGGUCUUAAUAACUGUAACCAUGGAGAAGAUGCUGGUGUUGUGUGUGCAGAUCCGGCAGAGAUUAGGCUGGUCAAUGGUUCGAGUCGGUGCUCCGGAAGGGUGGAAGUGUUUCAUUUGCAACAAUAUGGAACCGUAUGCGAUGACAACUGGGACAUGAACGAAGCCAUGGUGGUAUGCAGGAGCCUUGACUGUGGAACCGCCAUAGGUGCCCCACAUGGAGCUCGGUUUGGGCAGGGGGAAGAUCCUAUCUGGAUGGAUGAUUUAGAAUGUACUGGGACAGAAUCUGCCCUGACUGAGUGCCGAUCAAGGCCCUGGGGAAUCAAUGACUGUGGCCAUGGAGAAGAUGCUAGUGUUGAAUGUUCAGAUGAUCUCAGACUUGUAAAUGGCUCAAGCCGCUGCAGUGGGAGAGUUGAGAUUCGCCCACCCCACAGUGAGCAGUGGGGCACAGUCUGUGACCGUACCUGGGACAAAAAUGAUGCUGAAGUUGUGUGUAGGCAGCUGGGCUGUGGAAAGCCUGGUGCCAUCCUAAGUGGAGCUCAUUUUGGUCAAGGAUCAGGUUCCAUCUGGAUUGAUGACAUAAACUGCAAAGGCACUGAAGAUGCUAUCACUGAAUGCAGUGCAAAUACUCAGGGGAACAAUAACUGUCAUCAUGGACAAGAUGUAGCAGUUAUUUGUUCAGAAUCAUCCUACCUAAAAGUGGGUGACGUCAGACUGGUAAAUAAUCACCCAAAUGCUUGUGCUGGAAGAGUCGAGGUCUUGUACAAGCAGGCGUGGGGGACGGUGUGUGACGACGGAUGGGACCUGGAGGAUGCCACCGUUGUGUGCAAGCAAGUGGGCUGUGGCUUUGCUUUGGAAGCCCCACACUCAGCCCACUUUGGACAAGGGUCUGGGCCCAUCUGGCUGGACGAUAUGAACUGCACGGGGUCCGAAGAUUCCCUCAAAGACUGCCACGGACAGUCCAUGGGACAGCAUAAUUGUAACCAUGGAGAGGAUGCAAGUGUCAUAUGCUCAGGUCUUUUCCAGGUGCGAUUGGCCAAUGGACCCAGUUCCUGUGCUGGGCGGGUGGAGAUAGAGCAUAAUGGCUCUUGGGCUACCAUUGGUGAAUCCGGCUGGAGUCUUAGAGAGGCCACGGUGGUCUGCCAGCAACUGGGUUGUGGCGCAGCAGUGUCUGCACCAGUGGGCAGCCAAUAUGGUGCUGGUCUCAGACCAGCUUUGCUGGAUGAGGUGAAAUGUACUGGACAAGAGUCAUCCCUCAAUCAGUGCCAUGGGAAAGGCACAGGUCCCCAUAAGUGCCAAUGUGCUGUGUAUGCAGGAGCUGUGUGUGCAGGAAAUGCAGGGUCUUCUGUAGCUGUUAUAGUCAUUGUGGUGCUGGCGGCUGCUGCCCUGCUUCUUGGCGGGACCUUCCUGUACCUGCGGAAAUGGAGGAGUGGGACGCCAUUAUGGGUGAAUCCCUUCACUUGUGCACAAAAUGCAUUUACAAAAGACACCACUUUUCAGUCUGACUUGGUAAAUGGCACUCCAGACACAUAUGUUCAGGAAGGAGCUAUUCACGAGAUGGACUCUGACACCAUCUGCCUGGUGAAAGCCACCUCUACGUCUUCCACAGACCCCAAUAACUGAGAUGCUGGGAGCAGGCACAAGGGAAGGGACUCAUACACAGGUGAAAAACAAGCAUCUACAAGGUGAUAAGUCCCUCUACACUCACUCUCAGCAGGAAGCCAUAUUCAUGUUGACGGCUCUUAUGCUGCGAAUAUGCAGAUGUCCCACAAAAGAACACAAAAUAAAUGAGAACCAUUCGGUGGGGACAGAAGACUCUGAAAAUGCCCAAUUUAUCAAUUUUUAUGUGGCCAUUCUUCUAUAGGUCUCACAGAAUUCUUCCCCCUGCUUAUCUUCACAAGAAUUCUGCCAGGUCAGACUGAGAAACAGUGAUUGCACUACACCCUCUCAGCUUCAUAGAUAAGUGGGCUGACAGUACGGCUUUAAUGGGGAAAAGAUGGCAUCAAUCCCAAUCCCCAAGAUCCAGCACCCAGAACCUGUGUUCAUAAUCUGUGACCCUCACUGUAAUGCCAUGAAUACCAGGGCAUCCAUUGAUGUGUUCCUUGAUUCCAACUUGGCUCCUUUCCCAAAGCAUCCCCUCAUCAAAGCAGAGCCCAUUCUGGCCUUCCACCACCUCAUCAGAGCCAGCCUUGCCACUAGGCAAACUAGGAGGUUGCGUAGGGCACUUGCCUUCUGGGGGUAAUGAAUUGGGCGGUGCCCCAAGUAACUCAGUGACAUUAUCAGUGCGGGGGGGGGGGCACCAGGUUAGCCUUGCCUAGGGUGCCAGACAGUCUAGGGCUGGCCCUGCUCCUCAAAGAGUAGGAGGUGCUUCAGAAAAGCCCAGGAAGCACCACAUUUACAUCUUCAGAGAGCACCCAUUCAGCAACAGCUGUCUUCAUGCUUGGGUUUGAACCUUCUAAUGUUCUGUGGGAAGCUCACAGCAUUUGGGAUUGGACAUAGUCCCCAUGGCAGCCGUUUUGUGGAAGAUGCCACCUACUGCCUGUCAGCCAUUUUGCUGUGGUACCUACUUCUUGCUCUCAGAAUUUCAAAUGUGGCCACAAGAUCAACAGGGUUGGAGACACCUGGGAUAUAUCAACAAGGGAAACAGCAGGGCACAUCUGAAAUACUCACUAUCUUACUGGUUCCUGUAGGACUUCUGCUUAUGAACCAUGAUUAUUAAAAUCUAUUUGACUAA